AUGGGCAGCUGGUUCUCGAGAGUCAAGCCCAAGGCACCAGCAACAGUAGCUACGGACACUGUCAUUCCCUUGAAUGCUAAUGAUGACAAUGUCUUCAACAGAGCCAUAGCGAUGGCCUUCAUGAUGCGUUUUGACGAUGUGUUGGACCCGGAAAGACUGCACUCGUCACUUACGAAGCUGCUAGACCGUGAGGGAUGGCGAAAGCUCGGUGCCAGGCUGAGAUUGAACUCUCAUAAUAAGCUCGAGUAUCAUGUCCCUGAGCAAUACGAUCUGAAAAGACCAUCUGUUGCGUAUUCGCACAAGAAGUACAAUUGUAGCAUCGAGGAACACCCGCUCGCUUCGCGGCUGCCGAAAGCAACUUCAAGACCAGCAGUGGCAGGGACUCCUCCGGAAGAGUUCCAAGAAUUGAUGCGAAGGCCAGAUGGGCCCAGGUCUUUGCAGGACUACAUCUAUCGCGACGAGCCUCAGCUGAGCCUGCAUAUCGUAUCAUUCGAUGACGCGACGCUUGUCAGUCUGACAUGGUUGCACACCUUCUUCGACGGGAUGGGGAGGCAUGAGCUUCUGACUGCAUGGAUUGCCAUCCUUGAGGGUCGCGACAUUGACGUCAAACCUUUUCAUGGGUUCGACAUAGAUCCCCUGGCCGAGCUGGGCAAGAACCCUACGGAGCCCUUUGUGAUGGCCGAUGAGCGACUUUCAACCUGGGGACUGAUUCGAUUCGGCCUAGGAUAUAUUUGGGAAAUAAUCCGUUAUCCCGGCAUAGAAGGCCGCAUUGCUUGUAUACCAGCAGCAGAUAUCAAAGCCCUCAAGUCACAGGCAAACCAAGAGUUGAGAGCAGAGAGCACCGGCUCAGACAAGCUGUUCGCCAGCGAGGGUGACGUUCUUACGGCCUACAUCGGCCGGCUGUGGUCGCAACAUCUGCCCAAAGGCUCCGACAGAACAGUUGCCCUCGGAAACGUCAUCAACCUCCGUCCUGCACUCGCUCAGGAUCAUCUGCCGGCGGACACAGCAUUCAUCUCAAACGCCACGUCAAUAGUCAUGGCCCGCGUCACCGCCAAAGACCUCCAGACGAAGCCACUCAGCUACACGGCUGCCGCGGUUCGACGAUCGAUCCAAGAGCAAGGUACAAGGGCACAACUUGAAGCCCGCAAAGCUCUCGAGAAGGAGCACUCCAUAGCUUUUUUUGGUGACAAGGACAUGCAUCUAAUCCUACUCUCAAACUGGAGCAAGGCCAGGUUUUUUGAAACGGAUUUCUCUGCCGCCGUAUUGAAAGCUGGAGAGACUUCCAAGGCUCAACCGCACAAACUCGGCAGACCCUCGCUCAUUCUCAACGCCAGCCAUGUGAGCGGGUUCCCUCUCAGACUCGCGGGUCUUGUCGCUGGCAGGGACUUGGACGGCAACGUUUGGUGGGGUGGCGCUUUGCGAGCAGGUCUUUGGGACAAAAUCGCAGAAACUUUGGCGGAAGAGGCCACUUUGUGA